UCUCCCUCGUUUUUGGGGGUGAAGUUUCGUUUGGCGGUGUCUUCGUUUUCUGAGUUGAAAGAGGUGAAGAAUACAACUUAAGGCUGCUCUUCAACCAGUCAUUUUUGAGCACGUGACUGGCCAUAGAGUUAUAUGUCCUGAUUAAUGGUUCAUUCAUGAUUCAUGCUUCCUCCUGUCUGCCCAUACCACUGUACGCAUAACAGAUCCUGGGUGUGAUAGCUGUUUCCUCUCUCAUUGACGUGGUGUAGGUGACACUGCUGAACUUGCCUGUGACUGACACAUUUGGAUGAUGGCUGCACCAGUAAAACUGCGGAUUAUCCUUGGUUCCAACAAUGCUGAAAAACUGACCAUAGAAUCAGGCAUGCCAAAGUCUGUUGAGGAUCUUUCAAAUGAGAUCAAACGUCAGUUUGAUAUAGAGGGGGACAUUAGACUCCAGUACAUGGACAGGGACUUUGACAAUGAGUUUGUUAACCUUAACCAAAUUAGUGACAUUCAAGACAAGAGUACAGUGAAAAUCAUCCGCAUGUCAGAUGCUCUAGACCUCAGCCAAGGCAACAUGAACCAGAGUGGGGAAGAAACAUCCUUGUCAUCUUCUGACACAUUAAUACUCUCCUCUGAUUCAGACACUCCUCGAUCACAGUGGCCCUCAGAAUUCCAAAUCCCAAAGUUUUCAUAUGAUGUGGAGAUGCAACUUCGAAGUGCAAACCAGGACUUCAUAUCAAAUGGAGUUCUUCUGACCCCCAGUCACAAACUGAAAUCAGACAUCUUGGAAAGUCUAGCUCAGGAAAUCAUCAAGUUCAAGGCAUAUCCCUCAAACUUGGAAAUGGAAUCUGUUGCUGAAGCUUUAAUCAAAGCACAUCCAUGUUUGAGAGAACAAGGAUCCUUCAGUGGUUUCUACGGCUGGAAAAUAAGCCUUAAGUACAAGAUGGCAAACUACAGGACAAAGCUUAGAAACUUGGGGUGCCCAGAACUGAGCAUCAAUUCCCUCAAGCACAAACCUGCAGAUAGAUGUCAGCCUGCCUACGAUGUCAAAAAACCCAGGAAAGCAGAAGUAAAUUUUUGUCCUCCAUAUCCUGCUGGAGAGACCCAGGACAGCCUUGAAGGUGAAAGAUUGGCGUUGUUAUCCGAGGUCAAGAAGAGACAUAAUGAUAAAGUUGUCAAAGAAAAGAUGGCCAAGACCUUCGCAUACAGGCGGCAGGAGGUCGUUAGAGACAAGCCCAUGAUCGCGGAGUUCAAGAUCAGAUGGCCAGGACUGUUCACUGUGGCGGAGGUGGAAGCAGAAUUUGUGAGGAUCACUACUGGUCCCCUUGUGUCAAAGUUCCAUGCACAGCUUGACCAACACACUGCCCGGCUCAUCAAAGUGUUCAAGAAGAAAGGAGGCUCUGCAGGGACUAAAAUCAGCAUGAUUUUGGACCCAAUCGCACAGAAUGAAACUGUUGAAAAGAGAAGGGAGUGCAUCCUCAGGGCACUUUGUAUCUAUCUGAAUGAAGACCCGAACAACCUCUUCAAAGAAUACCUGGAUACUGAUGGUACAGCUGUUCAGAGGGAGCUUGAGCAAGUUACCCUUGGCAUCUACAGCAUCAUAGUCGAGGGAGGUGAUGCCACCACUCCUCCAGCUGAUGUUGGAAUAGUGAUUGAGGGUGUUGAAGUUCUGCAUGACCUGGGAGACGUCGCCUCUGCAUGUGCACUCUUAAUGGGUGUAAUAUAUGCACUGAACCUCAUUUAUCCUAAGGAACUGAAAGCCUUCUUUGAAGUACUUCAGAAGCUCUUCCUUCAACUGGAUGCUGGCAGACUCUCAACCAAGGUACAGAUGCUCAAGAACAAACUGUAUGAAUGAACCAAACAUUGAUUUGGAUGCCGAAUGUGAAUAAAAGGAUCUAUUAGAAAAUAGCAGAGCAGGAAAAAAAAUACACUACAGAAAAAUAACCAAACAUUUGGAAAAGUUUUGGAAAACUACUACCAUAAGUGAAAAUUCUAGUGUUACACAGUUCCCACACUUUUGAAAAUCCUGGAAAAGUUAGGGAAUUUGAAAUUGCAUUUUUCCAGGCCUGGAAAAGUUUUGGAAUUUCUUUGGUAAAAAGGAGUGGGAACCCUGGUUGUACUACCAAGUGACAAGUGAAUUGAGAGACCAUGCAGCACCAAAAUUGUUGACAACUGAAUGGAUAUUUUGCAGACUUUAUUGUUACAGACUGCUGUAUUGUUAUAGAAUAAUAUUGACGAAUCAGAGGGAUGUUUUGUUGGAUGUUUUGUUUGUUUAUGCUGCAUCAAGGUGUUUAUAAUUGUUAAUGUUGGGUAACAAUUCUGCAACACAAGUUGACAUGUUUGUUAAUACAUUUACAAUUCAGGGUAUUCCCUCCACAAUGUUAAAAUAAAGGUUGACAGCAGCACGUGUGUUAUGGUUAGACUGUUAUGCUGUUACAAAAAAAUUGUGAACUGCAAGCCUGUUGUAUUGUUGGACUGCAUAAAGGCAGUUUACAGCUGUUAGUGUUGAACCAUGCUGCACCAUAAUGUCUAAUAUUGGUGAA